CAGCAGUGUGGGAGAGCGAGUGAGCAAGUUGGGGAGCCAUUGCCACCAGUCGGUCUGAGAAGCUGGUGGUGUGGAGACGUGUGUGCACCCUAAUGAUGCAGGUGUUGCGUGCUAGCCAGGUGUUUACAGGUGUGCCAGAAGGAUGGAAGUAAUGGUGGCGAGGAUGACAGCGGAUAUUACCACAGGGGGGAGCAUCACCAUGGGGAGAAAAGGGGAGAAGGAGGUGAUUCACUCGGGGCACUUUAUGGUGUCUGACUUCGAGGCUGAGGCACAAGAUGACGAAGAGAAUGUCCUCCUGGAGAUUCCUGGGGACAUCGAGGAGGCUGCCGGGGCCCCGAGUGUCCAAGGGCAUAACCCCCAGAGCCAAGUGGGGGUCAUCACAUAUGCUAAGAAGAGCCGUGUGGAGACUGUUAGUAUUGAUAGUUCCCUCACCAAGCUCUUCAACGCCAUGUCUCUUGCUUACAGACACAAGAUCACGUCGCCUAAGUGGAAUCGGUUCAAGGGCCUCAAGUUGCGAUGGAAGGACAAGAUUCGCCUCAACAACGUCAUCUGGCGGUGCUGGCAUAUGCAGUUCAUCCGGAAGAAAAGGAUGACAGUGUGCCAAUUCGCGUUGGACGUCGACAUCCACAACAAACCCGAGGCCAUUGUGCUGGAAGGGAAGUACUGGAAGAGGCAGAUGGAGGCGGUGAUGGCGGAGUACAAGAAGUGGAGGAUAUACUACCGGAACAAAAUCUGCGGCAAGACCACCCUUGAAAAUGAUUCGUCAGGAAGACAAUCGAAGAAAGAAUCAAUUUGCUUAGUAGAACCCCCCAAGAAGCCUGGCCCUAACGACUGCACACCUGAGGGCAGUGAGGGCCAAGGUCAAGGCCAUCAUAAACAUCCUAACCUCUUUGACCUGGAUGGCAUGGACCUGACGAGGAACUAUGGGAUGCCCAUCUCCCUCGAGGAUGGAGACUUCUCAGAGUUCAUGGACUUCACGGACGUCCUCUUCUCCUCCCUCAUGAGCACGCCGCAGCCCUUUGCCUUCCCCAACCCAAGGGAGAUCGCUCGAGGCACCGGGAACUCAGACUUCAUCCAGCCGGGCCUCAUCCAACUUCAACCUAACCUGGAUGACUUCAUGGAUAUUGUGGAGCCACUUCAAGAGAUGCUGGGGGUGCGCGGGUUGCCCUCUGUGCCGGAGGAAGACCUGCUGCCGGAGGUGGCCGGGGGGGCGCCUGACCUGCCGCCUCCCCCAGCCGCCCCCGCCACCACGGUCGCCACCACCACGGGGAUGCAGUAUCCGCCAUCACCCACCAACACCUUCCUGCCCUCCCCUACACACCAGCAGUACCAGCCUGCCGUACACCACCACCGCCACCACCAGCACCAGCAGGAUGUGCACCAGCAGCAACAACAGCAGCAGCAACAACAGCAACAGCAGCAGCGGGAGGUGCAGCAGCAGCAGCAGCAACAGCAGCAGCAGCAGCAGCAGAUGGUGACGGUGCCCACACCGUCACCACCGCUGUACAAUGCCGCCCAGCUGUCGCCCCUGCAGCGGCUGCCGCAGCCCACCACGCCGCCACAGCUGCAGCAGGCGCACACCCCGCCCCGCACCUUCCUCCGCAGCCAGAGCCAGCAAGAGCUGGGCGCGGGGCAGGUGGCGGCGGCGGUGGCGGCUGUUGCAUCUGCUGCGCCGCCCCAGCACGACGCCUUCGCGGUGCCCAAGGUAUGUCACACUCCUCACUGCUUAUCUCUGCCGCCUCCGCCGCCUUCACCUUCGCCUCCCGCCAGUAAUGGCUUUAUUGUUGUUGUCACCUCCGCCGCCACUGACGGCGGCGGGGCGGGAGGGAAAGCGGCGGCCGGGGCGGCUGCCUGGGUGCUGGGCUGGACUGCUCACGGGGACUGGGCCGCUGCUUGUCUGCUGCAAGUCUGUGGAGGAAAUUGGUGAGUGGGGGCAGCAGCGGCAGCGGCAGGCCCCUGCAGCAGCAGCACAGCGUCAGGGCCGGGGCCACGCAUCGUCCUGCAAUUGGGCCUUCACACUCAACAACGGCAACUUUAUCAUGUGUCCAAACUGGUCGGCGGCACAUUC